AUGGCAAUCGAAGACGCGCCACCGGGAAACCUCUUUAACACCCGCGCAUCUGGAGAAGCUGUCUGUGGAAGGGUCGACGACGAGCACGGCUUCAUCCGCUUCUUCAAGUCCUUGCCGGCCGUUCACGAAGACACAAUCCGCAUUUUCGACCGAGGCGACUGGUAUACCGCACACGGCGAAGAUGCCAACUUCAUCGCUCGCACAGUUUACAAGACGACGUCCGUCGUACGGACGCUCGGCCGCGAUGAAAAGACCGGACUCGCCUCCGUGACCAUGACGGUCACGGUCUUUCGACAAUUCCUUCGAGAAGCCCUCUUCAAGCUCGGCAAGAGGAUAGAGAUACUGCAGAGCACCGGCCCGCGCAUGAACUGGAAGGUCGUGAAGCAGGCGUCGCCUGGUAACCUGCAGGAUGUCGAGGAGGACCUGGGUGGACAGAUCGAGGCGGCGCCCAUGAUUCUGGCCGUCAAGAUCUCCACCAAGGCUUCCGAGGCGAGGAGUGUGGGCGUGUGCUUUGCAGAUGCGAGCGUGCGCGAGCUCGGCGUCAGCGAGUUCCUCGACAACGAUCUCUUCUCCAACUUCGAGGCCCUCCUCAUCCAGCUGGGCGUCAGGGAGUGUCUCGUUCAAACAGACAAGGCCGAGAAGGCAAAGGAUCCGGACUUGACAAAGCUGAAGCAGAUCAUCACCAACUGCGGCGUCGCCAUCUCGGAACGCUCUGGCGGCGAAUUUGGCACGAAGGACAUCGAGCAGGACUUGGCGCGUCUGCUGAAGGAUGAGCGGGCUACUACCCUGCUGCCCCAGACCGAUCUCAAGCUGGCCAUGGGUUCAGCCGCGGCGCUUAUCAAGUACCUCGGCGUGCUCCAAGACCCGUCCAACUUCGGUCAGUACCAGCUGUACCAGCACGACCUCUCCCAGUUUAUGAAACUGGACGCGGCGGCUCUGAAGGCUCUCAACCUGAUGCCUGGUGCCCGAGACGGCGCCAAGACGAUGAGUCUGUUCGGACUGUUGAACCACUGCAAGACUCCCGUCGGUAGCAGACUUCUGUCGCAGUGGCUCAAACAGCCGCUCAUGAACAAGACCGAGAUUGUGAAGCGCCAACAGCUUGUCGAGGCUUUCGUCAACGACACCGAGCUGAGACAAACCAUGCAGGAGGAGCACCUGCGCUCUGUGCCGGAUCUCUACCGCCUGGCCAAGCGCUUUCAACGAGGCAAGGCCAACCUCGAGGACGUCGUUCGCGCGUACCAAGUCGUCAUCCGCUUGCCAGGCUUUCUUGGCACUUUUGAGGGUGUCAUGGACGAGCUGUACAAGGACCCCCUUGACGACGCCUACACGACCCCCCUCCGCGAGCUUUCCGAUAGUCUCGUGAAGCUCGCUGAAAUGGUCGAAACUACGGUUGAUCUGGACGCACUCGACAACCACGAGUACAUCAUCAAGCCCGAAUUCGACGACAGCCUGCGCAUCAUCCGGAAGAAGCUCGACAAGCUGAGGAAGGACAUUGACCAAGAAUUCUCGGAAGCAGCUCGCGAUCUGAAGCAGGAAGUCGGCAAGAAGAUCUUCCUCGAGAACCACAAGGUGCACGGCUAUUGCAUGCGCCUCACUCGUCAGGAGGCCGGCGCCAUCCGCAACAAGUCGGGCUACCAGGAAUGCUCAACCCAGAAGAACGGAGUUUACUUCACCACCAGGACCCUCCAGAGCCUCCGCCGCGAGUUCGACCAGCUCUCGCAGAACUACAACCGCACCCAGAGCAGCCUGGUCAACGAGGUCGUCGGCGUCGCUGCGUCGUACUGCCCCGUCUUGGAGAAGCUCGCCGGUGUUCUCGCGCAUCUCGACGUCAUCGUGUCCUUCGCGCACUGCUCCGUCCACGCCCCAUCCGAGUACGUUCGUCCCACGAUCCAUGCCCGCGGCGAGGGCCAGACUAUCCUCAAGGAGGCCCGCCACCCGUGCUUGGAGAUGCAGGACGACGUGCAGUUCAUCACCAACGACGUCUCCCUGACGAGAGACAAGUCAUCGUUCCUCAUCAUCACCGGUCCCAACAUGGGCGGAAAGUCGACCUACAUCCGCCAGAUCGGUGUCAUCGCCCUCAUGGCGCAAAUCGGCUGCUUCGUGCCGUGUACCGAGGCCGAGCUGACUAUCUUCGACUCCAUCCUCGCACGCGUGGGCGCCAGCGACUCGCAGCUCAAGGGCGUCUCCACCUUCAUGGCAGAGAUGCUGGAGACGGCCAACAUUCUCAAGUCGGCCACCGCGGAGUCGCUCAUCAUCAUCGACGAGCUGGGCCGCGGCACGUCCACAUACGACGGCUUCGGCCUCGCCUGGGCCAUCUCGGAGCACAUCGUCAAGGAGAUCGGCUGCUUCGCCAUGUUCGCCACGCACUUCCACGAGCUGACCGCGCUCGCCGACGAACACCCGCAGGUCCACAACCUGCACGUCACGGCGCACAUCAGCGGGGACGACAGCGGCUCCGAGAACGGCAAGCGCGAGGUGACCCUCCUCUACAAGGUCGACGACGGGGUCUGCGACCAGAGCUUCGGCAUCCACGUCGCCGAGCUGGUCCGCUUCCCGGACAAGGUCGUGCGCAUGGCGAAGCGCAAGGCGGAUGAGCUCGAGGACUUCACGUCCAAGCACGAGGACCUCGGGCUCAAGUACAGCAAGACCGACAUGGAGGAGGGCAGCGCCAUGCUCAAGGAGAUCCUGCUCAAGUGGAAGGCGGAGGUCGCCGAGGGGUCCAUGAGCAAGGAGGAGAUGGUCUCCAAGCUGAAGGGGCUGGUCAUGGCGGACGAGAAGCUGCUCGCGAAUCCCUUUUUCCAGUCUGUCAAGACUCUGUAA